AUGCUUGCCCCUAUCCCUAGGUAGGUACUUAUACAUAGGUGAGGUACUUGACAUAUAUUUAUAGGUGAGUGUUGAUUCGUAAGGGUGCGUGUAGCGUGGAACUAGUAGAAGCUACUCGGUUGACAAUAGCCCGGCAUAUGGAGAAAGCACGACAUCCACAUCGAUAAAUAAUAGGUUCUCCCCGGGACGCACCCCGCAUAUCCCGUCCCCGCCGUUACACGGCAUAUUAAAUGUGCGGUCGUUGAGACUUUCCAUAAACUUGGUUUUCUUUAUUACACACCUACGUACCUAGCUACUUAAUUUUAUUUAUUUAUCUGCUUUCUCUUUUCUCUCUGUAUGCUACAAACGUUGACUACUAGACUUGUCAUUCCUACUCGUCUAUACUCUUCCCAGCUUAGAAGAUACGUCGCCCCGUCCAACAGCACCAUGAAGCUCCUUUACCCCACAUCUCUCAAGCUCGACAUCAAGAGUCUCGAGGGCUUCUCUACCUCCUUACAUCCUUACGAUGUUAAAGCCCCGAUUCCGGACGACCUUGCCGACGCCGAGAUCCUCGUUACCUGGACCAACAGCGCCGAGAACCUGUCCGACGCCGCACGUCGUCUGAAGAACCUGCGCUGGAUCCAGUCUCUCGCCGCGGGACCUAAUGAUGUUCUAGCUGCCGGAUUUCCCUCGAACGUUCUCGUGACGACGGGCUCUGGCUUGCACGACCGCACCGUCGCUGAACAUACCCUGGGUCUACUCCUCACAGCCGCCCGCCGCUUCGACCAGAUGCGCGAGUACCAGCUACAACGCGCGUGGCCGCAACACCUAGGCGGUCCGCAGCCCGACCGUCCAAAGGACCGCUUUACCACCCUGCGCGACGCAAACAUCCUCAUCUGGGGCUACGGCAACAUCGCCAAGACGCUUGCCCCGCACCUGACGGCAUGGGGCGCAACGGUGCGCGGUCUAGCGAGGUCGGCGGGCGUAAGAAACGGCGUCGAGGUGUACGCGGAGGACAAGCUGCCGGAACUACUGCCGCAGACCGACGCGCUGGUGAUGAUCCUGCCCGGCUCGGAUAGCACGCGGGACGUCCUGAACAAGGAGCGAUUAGCGCUCCUGCCGGCGCACGCGUGGGUGGUCAACGUCGGCCGGGGAACGAGCAUAGACGAAGACGCGCUGGCAGACGCGCUGGAGCAAGGCAAGAUCGGCGGCGCGGCGCUGGACGUAUUUAAGAAGGAGCCGUUGCCGAAGGAUUCGAGGCUGUGGGGCGCGCCGAACUUGCUGGUUAGCCCGCACGCGGCGGGCGGGAGGCCGCAGGACGCGGAGCAGCUUAUUGCGUAUAACCUUCGGAGGUUUUUGGCGGGGCAGGAGUUGAGGAAUUUGGUGUAACAAUUGCAGAGUAAGUUGUAAAGGGGGGGGCGAAAAUAGGGGCUGCACAUGGCGAGAGAGAUUUCCCUUAAUCUUAAACUCUUCGGGUACUUGACUACCUAGGUGGUGGUAAAUAGGGGCUCGUAGCAGCAGAUUAUACAUACAUACAUAGCUUGUACGAUAAACACACAAGGAAUACGUUAUGUCACGCCUGGUUGGAAGGGGUAUCCCCUAACAAUAGGAGAAUCUUAUAAUAUGUUAGAUGCCCCUUUACUCGGCCUACCCCUAUUCCACGGACUCCUAAGCUGUCUGAGAUUUAAAUAAAAACCUUGGAUCAUCUUCAAGUACCCAUGAUAAUAUCUUUUCUCUAUUGACAAUGUCUACCCCUUUUGAUAUUAUUAACUUUGUACAAUAUGCAGCACGAUAAUUCAAAGCCAUUUAUGAGGCUCUUUCAC